UCAUCCUGCAUUGUCAUGGUGCUUGCUCCGGAUGCAGUUGUCAUGGAGAUGGAAAAGGGCUCAGUAUCCACUGGUGGCACUGUUACCAUGGAAAUCCCCACCGCAGCAGCUGCCUCAGUGGAGCGAGCGGAGCCGGAGGAGUCCGUUCAGCACCAUGGACAGCACCACGCCGCAGCUGCAUUCCAGCACAGAAACUAUCGCAUGCUGAUUGUGUUCGGAGAGAUUUCCAGCAGCUAUCACCUCGACACUGCCAGGACACAGAUCUCACAAGGUUUGCGCUCCUGGAGUGUUGAUCUGACUGUUUGUGACCUGAACAAAGAGCUGCAGCUGUUUGAGGCCAGGCACACCGCUCAGUUUUCGGCAGAGGUCAAAGGACAACGAAUUCUCCAGUAUCAGAGUGAUGUCCUCGAGACAGUGGUGUUGGUGAACCCAUCAGAGGAGACUGUUGCUUCAGAGAUCCGCUCUCUGAUCACUGACCUUGCUGGGAAUAAGUUGCUGAUAUUGAGUGGCCAGAGCUCUGAGCAGGGAGGUGACAUCCUACUACAAGGUGGAGCCUUCACCUGGCAACAUUUCUCUGACAUCAUCUCCAACCCUCAAGUAAUUGAAGUCCUGUCCAGGGCCUCUUCAGAGCAGCCGUCCAGGCUUACUGUUUCCUGUCAGGGAGACGGGGGCUGGAGCUCCCUAGGCCAAAGCCAGGAGCAACAGCCACUCCAGAAUCUUCUGGAAUACCGCUUGAAUCCCGAACCCCACCUCCCCGACAUGGACGGAGUCGCAGAGUUCACCGAGUAUGUAUCAGAGACAGUGGAUGUGCCAUCAUCCUUUGACCUUUUGGAGCCCCCAACCUCUGGAGGUUUUCUGAAGCUGUCCAAACCUUGCUGCUACAUCUUCCCUGGAGGCAGGGGAGACUCUGCUUUGUUCGCCGUCAAUGGGUUCAACAUCCUGGUGGAUGGAGGGUCUGACCGAAAGUCCUGCUUUUGGAAGCUGGUUCGUCACCUGGACAGGAUUGACUCUGUUCUGCUCACACAUAUUGGGGCAGACAACCUCCCUGGCAUCAAUGGGUUGUUCCAGAGAAAGAUUGCUGAGCAGGAGGAGGAGCGUAACCAAGGAUCUGGCUCCAGCAGCAAUGGUGACUGGAUGAAGAAUCUGAUCUCUCCUGAGCUCGGAAUCGUGUUCUUCAACGUCCCAGAGAAGCUUCGGACGCCGGAGUCCACUCUUAAAGUGAAGCGAAGCAUUGAAGAAGCAUCUCUUACACUGCAGUACCUCAACAAGCUUGGUAUCACACCAGAGCCUCUUCACAGGGUAGUCAGCAACACCAUUGAACCUAUCACACUGUUCCACAAACUUGGUGUGGGAAAGUUAGACAUGUAUGUCUUAAACCCUGUAAAAGAAAGCAAAGAGAUGCAGUUUCUAAUGCAGAAAUGGGCUGGAAACAGCAAAGCCAAGACAGGAAUUAUGAUGCCCAAUGGAAAAGAAGGAGAAAUAUCUGUUCCCUAUUUGACAUCAGUUACUGCUCUCAUUGUUUGGAUUCCUCACCGUCCAUCAGAAAAGAUAGUCAGGGUGCUGUUCCCAGGAAAUGCACCCCAGAAUAAAAUCUUCGAGGGCCUCGAGAAACUGAAACACCUGGACUUUCUGCGAUAUCCAGUGGCUACCCAAAAAGACAUAUCAUCUGGUGCACCACCUCCCAUCAUCAAACAGACUAAAAUGAGAUCAAGAACUGACAGCAAAGAGAGUCUCAAAUCUUCACCCAAACCACACUCUAAAACAACCAAGAAAGAAGCUGGUGGGCAGGAGGAAGAGUCCAAAAGUGAGAUUACUAAAGAAAAUAAAGUUGAAAAGAAAGAGGAGAAAAAGCUCAAAAGUGAAAGUCUAAAAGCCACCAAACAACAGAAAAACAGUGAGGUGGCCCCUGUGGCAGACAAGACAGAGAAAAAGAAAAUAUCCAAGGAAAAAACUGCCAAGCAAGACAAAGCAUCCAAGAUGGAUGAAAAGAAAGACAAAGAGAAGAAAGAAAUUAAGAAAGAGAAAAUAAAGAAAGAUGAAAAUAUAAGAAAAGAAGAGAAAAAAGAAAGUAAAGCUAAAGACGAUAAAAAGAAAGACUCAACUAAACCCGAGCUGAGAAAAAUCACCAAACCUGACCUGAAACCAUUUACCCCAGAAGUAAGAAAAACUCUGCACAAGGCCAAGACUCAGGCUAAGCCCAAAACAGACAAAACUAAAGCAGUCAAAGACGCAGCCAAUGAGAAAAUUCCAAUUCCAAAGAACAUCUCUGAAGAGGUCGCAGCAGCAGCUCUGGCCGACAGGUCUAUUGUAUCUUCCCCUGAGGACCUCACUGAGGACUUCGAGGCUCUAAAACAAGAAGAACUGUCCAAAUUCAAGAGUGAACCUAUUCAGAACGAUGUGAUAUCUGGGCAUUCAGUGUAUACAGAUACUAAAGUUUCUUCCUUGGUUUCCCCCGAUGAAAAAGUUACAUUCUCAGCCACUGAGAUAAAAUCAGCUUCACCCCAAUCCCCUGUCAAACAGGUAGUAGACAAUGAAGACAAGGGCGCAAUAGAACAGGCUGCAGCCACUAAAAAGGAUGCAAGUGAUGGCUUUGACAAGAAGUACGAAGAAGAGAAAAUGGAGAAAUAUGACAAAUACCCAGUAAAGGAUGACAUAAAAGACAGAUCAAAGAAGAGUGACAGCUCAGAGGAGGAGGGUGAUGUAAUUGAAAAAGCCGAACUUGAAGGAACAGAAGAUGAUGAGGUCCUGAAAUAUAAAACGGAGGAAAUGAAAAAGGAAAAAAAUGGAAAGGAGUGGGACACCAAGCCAGCUGAACAAAAACCUUUAUCAACUGCAGCCCUAUCUGGGCAAGCUGUAGCAGCCUCUGCCUCAGAGCAGUUCUCUUUCAUCCAAGAUGAGACGAUUCCUGGUUACUCCGAGACCGAACAGACCAUCUCUGAUGAGGAAAUCCACGAGGAAACAGAGGAUAGGAUCCCACAGCUGCGCUAUGAUGUAGGAACCUAUGACAUCUCUGUUCCUGACGUCCCUGGCACCUUUGACUCCAUGCAUGGUAUCAAAGAAAUGAAAAGCUCCACUGUGUCUGACGUUGCAGAUGUCAAACCCAAAGCAUUCAUGGGAGUUCAUGAGCCUGAGCUUGCACCUUACCCUGCCAUCAUAGCUGCUCCUCUUGCAGAGGAAGAGCACAUCUCCUCAGCAACAUCCAUCACAGAAUAUGACAAACUGUCAUCGUUUGCCACAUCUGUAGCUGAGGACCAGUCAAUAACCUCAGUUACAGCUCCUCAGACUGAGGAAGUUGGGAGGAACUCUCUCCUGCUUGACACCAUCAACAGUAUCCCCUUGCGUGCAGAGGCCGCACAUGGAAAGGAUUAUCUCCACUCAGCAGGAACCAUCUCACCCACCUCCUCUCUGGAGGAUGACAAGUGUUUUAAGUCUCCUUCCUCUGAUGAGUACCAACCACACAUUCCUGAGAUGGAGGGUGAUACAAAGACCAAACCAGUCCAUGAAGAAGAAGAUGAUGAGGAAGACGAGGAUGAGGAUCAAACCCCGAACGUUGACAUCCCUCUGGGUAAACUCCAAGAGGGCUACGAACACGCAGCCUCCAAAAUGCUCCAGGAAAAAGAGAAAUCUCCCUCUGCCACUUUUUCUCCUCCUCCCUUUUCUACCAUACAGCACUCUCCCACACAGGCUGUCAAAGAAAACCAGGCUCUCUUUAGCCCAGAGGGAUUUAAGUUCGGUGCUGAUAUAAAGCUGGUUUCACCCCCUCCAUCUUUCUCCCCUGGGUUAGAGUCCCACUCCAGGCAAGAGAGUGAGGAAAGAUGUGUAAGUCCAGAUGACAGCACUAUGAAACUGGCCUCACCCACACAGUCUGUGCCUACAAGCAGUGGUUACUCUCCAACAGAAGAGAAACCAUUAAAGACAGAAGACAAAGAUGAGGAAGUGACCAAUGUUAAAGCUGACAUCCAGAAAACAGAAAAAUCAGUCACUAUUUCAGACAGUACCUCCUUUAUUGCACUUCCAGUUGACAAGACAGCACUUGAAGCAUCUGAAGCAUCUGAAGCAUCUGAGGAAUCUGAAGAAGACAAUGAAGACGAAGAAGACUAUUAUGCCAAAAAGGAUUUACAGCCUACCGUUAAGGCCAAACUUAUGGAGGCAAAAGAGGGUUGCUUCUUGGAUGACGACUUCACUUUUGAAGCAAAAUCCGCAAAGACAGAAACAGAAGUCAAGGAAUCAGACAAGACACAGGUGUCUUUUAGCACAGAGGUGAAACCAGAACCUCAGGUGACGUCCUCAGAUGAAGAUGGCGAUGAGGAUAAAAAAGGUGAUGAUUUUGCAAGCAGCACAGGGACUACGCCCUUAUCGACAGAUCAGAGCAAAGUAGACUUUAAAAAUGACAGCGUUGAGAAAACUGAUGUCUCUUCUAAAGAACCAGAGAAAAGCGUUCAUUUCAGUCUUUAUAAUUUCCCAGAGAAGGAGGGCAAAGAAAAGGCCUUGUAUAUAAGACAAGACACACCCUAUGUGCAUGGCAAAACAUUCUCUUACGGUGACAUUUAUGACAGCAAAACAAGCUCAAUGGACUCUGAUUCAUAUCGUCAGGAGUCCUUAGAUAAGACGGAGAAGGACAUCGCAAAGAGUGGAGUGGAUUUGCAGAAACAUGAGCCCCCCUCCCCAGGAACAGCCACAGAAAAGAUGACAGAGAAAGAGGGAUUUACUGCCUCUUAUGGGAAAGAGACUUCCACCUUGUCAUGGCUUGACUCCAAAAGCACUUCUGCCACACCCCCAUUUGAAAAAGAGGUCAAAGAAAAGGAGACACUUGAAUACAGCGCAGGUACCCGAUUCCCUUCAGUGACUGAUAGACCUGAGGCACUGUCCACUUCUUUAUCAGAAAAAGACUCUCUCUCUUUUACAGGCACGACUGACAGUACAAAGCCCCAGACUUACUCUUCAUUGGCAGCUUUUGAUGUAGAUAAACCUGCUGCCACAAGCUUCAGUGAGAAAGGAGCGUGUUUGGAGGUCGAUAUGCGCAAACUAACAGCAAGGGAUGAGGAGGACUAUGAUGAUGAUGAAGUAGUUGAUGAGGAUGAGGAGGAGGAUGAAGAAGAGGAGGAGGAGGAGGAGGAGGAGGAGGAUGAAGGUGCUAUUGAUUCUGAUAUGGAGAAAGGUGCCAAAGAGAAGUCUGAGAAGGAAGUAAAAAGUCCAAUCAGUGAAAUAUUUGGCUCAAACAGGCCUGAAUUUAUGGUUUCUAUGGCUGGAUAUGGCUUUAACAGUCAAGGGAAGCCAACUAUGAAAGAAAGCAUUUCAAGCUCACCCACAAAGGCUGAAGACGAAGCUAAGGUUGACUCCUCACCCUUCAGUGGAAAGCCAAUGGAUUUAGGGGCUACAGGUUUCUCUGGCUACUCCUCAGGGUUUGAAUACUCAUAUGGAAGUGGUGAGAAAGACUCAUUUUUAUCAAGUCAGGCCCCAGACACAGGAAAAGAGGAUUUCACUAUAAAAUCAACAGCAGACAGUUAUUAUCAGAAUGACAGAGCUGAUCCGGACUUUGAGAAACAGAAGACACCAGAUCUUCUAAGUAAGAAGUCACUGGAUACAAGCUUUCAGUACACGACCACAGCUGCCCCUGGGUACUCCUCCUCUUCGGCCUAUAGCUACUCUUCCUCCACCUCAGGCUCGCUCUCCACCAGCCGUCAGUUCGGAGAGGAGCUGGAGACGCCUGCCUCUGCCGAGCCUCUCUUUGAAUACUCUUCCUUCAAAGAUGAACACUCGCUGGUCAUGGAUUCUCCCUUUUCCAGCUCUGCUGGCGUCAAAGAUGACUAUCUGGAAGUGUCUGAAAAACAAAUCACCGCUACAACCACAGCUGAGUCCACCUCCAGUUUAGCACGCUUCUCACCCCUCAGCCCAUUCGAAGAGGUCAAAUCUUUCCCCUCACUCUCAUCCACUGGCUUUGCUGAGGACAAGAAGGAGCAUACAACCUCAUUAGCCGGAGUUACAGACAAAGGUCCUCAAUCUGACUGUUUCUAUAAGCCUGAAUGGUCUGAAGCAUCCAAACUCGACACAGCUGUUGGGUUUGGGGCCUUAGCAGGGCCGUUCUCUCAAGCAGAACUCUCCAAGGACAAAGAGGCAGCCAGCGCUGCUCUGUUUGGUGUCACUUCCUCACCACGCCCAGACAUAGAAGGCAAACAUUAUUUUGAGGAGACUGACAGCAGUGAGGAAGAGGAUGAGGAGGCUUACAUGCGCGAGAUGACUCGGAGAUCUCCUUCCAGUGGCCUGGCAGGUAAUCUCUUAUUUUCUGACAAGCCUGUUGCUCCAGCUGCCACUGACAAGACAGGUGGUAUACUCCCCGAUAUUCUUGGCUCCUACAUGCCCUCACCUCUCCAGGCAAGCAAACCAGAUACAGCCAACGGACCCACAGAGGUCAGCACAAGCUCCACCCUCCCUACUGGAGCAGCAGCCAGCGGUGCAGCUUCAGGCCCAGCCAAGGUAGAGUCCAGAGAGGGAGCAGCAAGUUACAGGGGCUCCUAUGAGUGGGAGAUACCAAAGCCCCAGAUGGGGAUGGUGCCUGGAGACUCCCCUCCUCAUUAUCGUCAUGAUGAUGAAUUUGAAGAGGAGUGUGAGAUGGAGCCAGAGCACCCUGCCCGUCCACUUUCACUCUCUUCAACUGACAAGCCCUUCCGCUCACCGUUCUACGCUGAAGAGUGCAGCCGAGGAGGGCAGGAUGACGAUGAUGAUGACAGUGACCAGGAUUUUGCUGGUGAUGCACCCAUGGGCGCCGCCUCCUCUUAUACCAGCCGCACCUCUCCAGGAUAUUCUUCCUCUGAGUACAGACAGCGCAAAGAGGACCUCUCACCUUCCUUCAUCAACCCCUCUAUGCGGCACCUAUCCAGCGAUGAGGAUGAUGAGGAGCAAGGACGCAGAAGUGACCAAUCGCAGGAAGGCGAUGACCAUGAGCUGUCAGUCAAGAGAAGGGCUCACAAACAGCCUCAUCACCACCACCCUCACAGCAGAGAUAGCAGCUCUUUGCACCAAGCUGGUGGCAUGUCGGCAGGGCUGGGUUUGGCCACAGAGGACACACCACCCACCUCCGUCAGUGAGUCUCUUGGCUCUCAGUCAGACUCUGAUGUGAUUCCAGGCACUGAGGAAUACCCUUCAGUCACUGGUGAAGGUAACAUGGACUCAGACGAGGACGCAGAUUACAUGCCUGUAGAUAAAUUAUCUGCCACGGGAGGAGGCAGCCAUCACUCCACCAGGAGGAGCCAUGACCCUCCUCCUGCUCCCAUGAUGGACCCCUACCCUCACCCCCCACGCCCAGACGUUUGCAUGGUGGAUCCUGACUCUUUGGAUAAUGGCUCAGUUAAGAAAGAGCCAAAAGCAAAGGGCCUGAAGAAAACCACAGGGAAAACCAAAUCAGCAUCCCCAGCUAGGCGCAAGAAGUCUCCCAUGCCUGUAAAACAGACAGCGUCUCCUCGCAGUGCCUCGCUGAAGAAGAAAGAGGCAGACAAGAGCUCACGUAUGUCUCGUCUGUCAGAUGGACAAGGCUCCAAAGAUGAUGACCUCUCCCGGUCAAGCUAUAACCCUGGCAAGGGUUUGACUAAUGGUGUCAAGAGCAGCUCAGGGUCCCAGAAGUCUGGCUCUGCAGCUGCUCCUGGCCUUCCUAUUUAUGUGGACUUGGCCUACAUUCCCAAUCACUGCAGUGCCAAGAACGUGGACCAAGAGUUUUUCAAGCGCAUUCGCUCCGCCUAUUACGUGGUAAGCGGGAAUGACGCAGCAAGUGGCGAACCAAGUCGAGGAGUCCUUGAUGCACUGUUGGAUGGCAAAGCUCAGUGGGGAUCAAACCUACAGGUGACGCUGAUCCCCACCCACGACACGGAAGUGACCCGCGACUGGUACCAGCAGACGCACGAGAGGCAGCAGGAGCUCAACAUCAUGGUCCUGGCCUCCAGCAGCACCGUUGUCAUGCAGGACGAGUCUUUUCCAGCUUGCAAGAUCGAGUUUUAAGAUCCUUGUUUCCUUUCUCCCUCCUCCUGGCCUCCCCCGGUGUAGAUCUGUUUUUAAUUGCUCCUCUCUAUAGCCUGAUAUACAAAUCUGUCCCUGCUUUGCGUGAUCGUUUUGGCCGAGAACAGAAACAGAUCUGUAUGACUGUCUAUUUUUUCUAGAUUUUUAUUCAUUUAUAAGCUUGUCGUGGCUAUCACCAUUUGUAUUACAAAGGUAGUUUUCUGACAACUGUUUGUCCCUCCACUACAUUAUUAUUAUUAUUAUUAUUAUUGUCAAAC